AACACGGAAAAAAACACUUUACGAACAAAUCUCGAAAAACAGGAACUUCUCUCUCUUCUGUCACCUUUUUUUCUUCCUCAUUUUCAUUAUCACAGUUACUUCAUUUACACAUCCAAAAACGUUGUCGUUUUUAUCUCCUAGCUCUAGCUACAUUGCAUAUAAAGUCAUCAGUAACAAAAAGAUAUUAAAUUUUCAACUCAUUCAUCCUUUUUCUCUCUGAGAGAGUCUUUUGAUUCUCAUCAGUUGAAGCUAGAAAUAUGUCAUCUAUGAAGAAGGAAAUGAUGCUACUCGUAAUCCAAUAUCUCGACGACGAGAACUUGAAGGAAACAAUGCACAAGAUGGAAUCAGAAACCGGUCUCUUCUUCAACGUGAAGUAUUUUGAAGAGAAAAUUCUUGCUGGAGAUUGGGAUGAAACUGAGAAGUACCUCGAAGGCUUUACAAACAUCACCGAAAAUCGAUAUACCAUGAAGAUGUUCUUCGAGAUCAGGAAGCAAAAGUAUUUUGAAGCCUUGGACAGGAAUGACAAAAUGUCGGCUGUUAAUAUUUUGGUGAAAGAUUUGAAAAUCUUUUCAAGACUUGAUGAAGAUUUGUACAAGGAGAUAGCACAUCUUAUUACCUUUGACAACAUUAGGGAGAAUGAACAGUUAGCGUCGUAUGGCGAUACAAAUUCGUCUCGAGUCAUAUUGAUGUCUGAGCUCAAGAAAUUGAUUCAAGCUAAUCCCAUCUUCAGAGAUAAGCUUAUGUUUCCUUCGUUCUCGUCAUCGCGCUUGCGACACCUGGUUAAUCAAGGUUUGAAUUGGCAGCAUCAGCUGUGCAAGAAUCCAAAACGCGAUCCAGUCAUCAAAACUUUGUUGAUUGACCAUAAUUGUUCUUCGCCUCGAAAACGAUCUCGCACGCCUACUUUGGCUAUUCCUCCUGCUGCAGAUGCUGCAAAUUAUCCCUCUUAUGUAGUUGCGCCACUUUCGCCUACCAUUGCAGUUCCUACUCCUAAUGCUGUUACAACAUUGCCGGUGAAUGCAAAUCCUUCGCCGUCUUCUCAAUCACCUGCUGAGAUCGAAGCUUCCUCAUUGCCUGGUCCUUCAAUUCAAGUCUCCGUUUCGAUGCAUUCAGAAACUCCAAAUACUCUUGAACCGAUGGAUCAUCAAAGUAAUGAUCUUGAUCAAGAAAUGAGACCGAUCCCGUUGUCACAGGCAGUUGAAGAUGCACCGUGUCAAUUCUCCGUUUCAAGGCAUUCAGAAAUGCCGAAUACUCUUGAACCAAUGGAUGAUCAAAGUAACGACAUUGAUCAAGAAAUGAGACCGAUCCCGUCUUCACAAGCUGUUGAAGAAGCACGCGAGCUUGUGCAGGCCCCAUAUACCUUUGAACCUACACCAGUGAAUCCGUUGUUCGAUCAACUUCCAAGAACCGUUGUUUGUAAGUUACAUCAGGGAUCCAAUGUGACAAGCAUGGAGUUUCAUCCUUUCAUUCAUUCAAUACUAGCUGUCGGUAGCGCAAACGGUGAAGUUUCACUUUGGGAAGCAAGUCUGAGAGAGAGACUGAUAUCAAAGCCUUUCAAAAUAUGGAACAUUUCUAAUUGUUCGGUCCAAUUUCAGAUGUUGAAUUUGAAAGAAUCGUCUGUCAAUCGGGUAGCAUGGAGCCCGAGUGCGGGUUUACUUGGGAUUGCUUAUGCAAACCAUUUGGUUCAUUUGUAUAGCUAUAACAUUCCUAAUGGUCUACAAGAGCAUUUGGAGAUUGAUGCUCAUGAUGGUAGUGUUAAUGACUUGUCAUUUUCAUAUCCAAACAGUCAACUAUGUAUGGUAACUUGUGGCGAUGAUAUGUUAAUUAAGGUAUGGGAUUUGGAUGGACAUAUGAUUUAUAUCUUCGAAGGUCACGGAGCACCUGUUCAUUCAGUUCUUCCUCACGCGAAGGAAAAUAUCCAGUUUAUAUUAUCAACUUCAGUUGAGGGGAAAAUUCGUGCUUGGGUGUAUUAUGACAAGAACUUCCAGCUGGAAUACGACACUCCGGGACAGUAUUGCACGAAACUGAUGUAUAAUGCCGAUGGAAAUAGAUUGUUUUCUUGUGGAACAAGUAACGAAGACGGAGAGUGUUUCCUAGUUGAGUGGAAUGAAGAUGAAGGAGCAAUUGAAAAAAAAUAUUCGGGAUUUAGAAACGAAACUGCGGGUAUAGUGCAAUUCGACGUUGUGAAGAAUCGGUUUUUGGCUGUUGGUGUAGAUAACCAGAUUAAGUUUUGGGAUAUGGAUAGACUCGAUGUUCUGACUUGUACAGACGCCGAGGGUGGUCUUCCUAGUCUACCUCGCUUGAAAUUCAAUCGGGAGGGAAAUCUGCUUGCUGUUACGACAGAGGAUGGUGGUUUUAAAAUCCUCGCUAACGCCGAUAGUCUCAAAUACUUAAGGGACAUUGAAGCAUAUAUACAACGAUACGCAAAUAACGGAUUAAUCUUUCAUCCUGUUCAGUAUCGAAUCGUUACUAUACCGGAGAAUAUGGGUCCGGAUAACAAGGUUGUUCGUCUUCGUUAUUCAAAUAACGGAGACGCUCUUCUAGCACUUGGUUCGAAAGGGAUUCAGAAGCUGUGGAAAUGGAUCCCUAAUGCAUUGAAUCCUAUGGGAAUGGCGACUGCAAGAUUUGUUCCUAAAGAGUAUCGGCCGUCUAGUGGCUUUCUUCUAACUCAUGAUGUCCCAAACGACUCUGAUUUGGCAAUUCCAUGUAUAGACAUCUCAAGGAAUGAUGCCUAUGGCGUUUCUGCAUGUGGCGGACUUAUUUCGUUGUUCAACUUAAUAUCGUUUAGAGUUAUGAUUAGUUUUAUGCAACCUCCACCAGCUGCAACAUUUCUCGCGUUUAAUCCUGAAGACAAUAACACUGUCAUAAUCGGAAGGGAAGAUUCGGAGAUUCAUGUAUUCAAUAUUCGGUACCAUGAGCUUAUAUCUAUAUUGAAGGGUCAUCAAAUGUACAUUACUGGUAUAGUUUUUUCGCGUCGACUGGAUACAAUGGUUUCUUCGAGCGCUGAUGGAGAGCUUUCGUCAUGGUGCAUGAGCACAUGGGUUAACAAGAAAUCAGUGUCAAUCCAAAUACCAGGUGGUAGAAAUGCAGUUGCUGGUGAGACUAAAGUUCAGUUUCACGUUGAUGAAGUGAAGUUGCUGGUGUGCCAUGAGACACAGAUAGCAAUAUAUGAUGCUUCAGAAAUGGAACUAAUUUGUCAGUGGCUUCCGCGAGACGGGUUGUCUAGUGCCAUAACCUCUGCAGCAUACUCCUGCAAUGGACAACUAGUUUAUGCUACUUUUAUAGAUGGAAACAUUGGAAUAUUUGAUGCAGAUAGCCUCCAACUAAGAUCUCGUAUCGGUUCGUCUGCAUACCUAUAUCAGAACCCAUUAGACAGCCAAAAUGUGUACCCUCUUGUUGUAGCAGCACAUCCACAAAAUCCAUAUCAGUUUGCAAUUGGACUGUCGGAUGGGUAUGUUAAGAUUAUAGAACCUACCGACUCUGCAGUAUGGUUGGGACAGAAAGUGCCUGUUGUUCAAAUGGAUAUCAUGUGAUUAUUCAUUUGCAUCAUUUUAGUAUUUAAUUUCAAUUAUUAUUGAGUUAUUAAACUCUUGUCAGGCUUUAG